GGAGGCCGCGGGGAGGCGGCGGCGGGAGUGAAGGGAGACUGAAGCCGCCAUCGGGCCCCGGGCCGCACGGAAUGCCACGUACAUUUGACAAAUUAUCAGCAUGAUGGCUGCCACACUGCCCGAUGGCCCUCCCUCUUCCCUUGUCAUCCAGUCUAAGACUCAUAAAGACACCAUCCUGACUAACUUUGAGGAACAGAGGAGACGAGACUUUCUGUGCGAUAUCACUCUGAUUGCUGAGGACGUUCACUUCAAGGCCCACAAAGCGCUGCUGGCGGCCAGCAGUGAGUAUUUCUCUCUGAUGUUUGCCAGCGAGAGGCAGCAAGGACAAGGCGUGUACGUGCUGGAUGGAAUGGGCGCCGACACGUUCGGCGCAGUGCUGGAGUUCAUGUACACUGGGCGCCUGAAUGUUUCGGAGAGGUCCAUCCAGCACAUUGUGAGCACAGCCGAGGUUCUGAAGGUGACGGACUUGAUCAAAGCCUACGCCGACUACCGGGACGGCCAGUUGCCCGUGAAGGUGUCGCCGGCUUCCGACGGGGUUAAAGCGGCGGUGGCGGAGGACGAGCGGCGGGCGAAGCCGAAACGCAAGAGGGGGAGGCCUCGCAAGUGCGAGCAGGCGCGGGCGGGCGGGAGCGACGCCGACUGGGAGACGGGAAGCGGCCCACUGGAGCUCGGAGUCAAACCGGGCCGACCUGCGGAAGGAGCGGACGGUCAAGCGAGGGGCGAGGGAGACGGCGGAGGGAGGCGGAGUGGCGGUGCCGCCGCCGCCGAUGAACCGGACGGCAGCGGCGACACAGAGGCCGAGCGGCUGCGGCCGGCGCCGGCGCAAGGUCACGAUCGCAGGCUGGUGGGCCGAAGCCGCUGCAGCAACCGCAGGAUCCAAAGGCCCAUGAAGCUGCUGGGCUACAAGCUCGGCACGGCCGAGGAGGACGAGGACAAAACAAGGAGGCGCGGGAGGAAGAGGAAGUAUCCGAACGCUGAGGCCAGGUGCGAAGACUGCGACAAAGUGUUUAAGAAUCACUACUUCCUCACCAUACAUCAAAGGACACACACAGGUGAACGACCUUUCAAGUGUUUUGAAUGCGGUAAAGGGUUUUCACAGAAGCACGCACUUCAGGUUCACGAGCGCACGCACACGGGGGAGCAUCCUUAUCAGUGCACGGUCUGUCAAAAGUCUUUGACCACCAAGCAUUCUCUUCUGGAGCACAUGAGCCUGCACACAGGAAAGAAGGCCUUUAACUGUGACCAGUGUGGAAAGCUGUUUACUCAGAAGAGGCAACUGAAGAGCCAUUAUAGGGUGCACACAGGUCAGUCUUUGCCUGAAUGUGCGCAUUGUCAUCGUAAAUUCAUGGAUGCUGCACAGCUCAAGAAGCACGUGAGAACCCACACAGGUGAGAAACCAUUUACAUGUGAGAUUUGUGGUAAAUGUUUCACUGCUAAGAAUACCCUGCAGACCCACAUACGAAUCCACAGGGGAGAGAAGCCGUUUUCCUGCACCGUGUGUGGAAAGUGCUUUGCCGAUCCGAGCGCCAAACGACGGCACGACGCCAUGCACACCGGGCACAAGCCGUUCGUUUGCCCGUCGUGCAACCAGCGGUUCACCCGCGCCGACAACCUGAGGUCCCACAUGAAGAUUCACGGCAAGGAGAGGAAGGUGCCGGGGGCGGUGAGCAUUGGCGGUGCGGAGGAGGUGAAGACUAUACUGCAGCUUCAGCAGUAUCUGCCCGCGUCGGGGGAACAGCAGAUACAACUGGUGGUGACCGACGAUGUCCACAACAUUAACUUCAUGCCCAGCCACGGGGAGAGCAUCAGCAUCAUAUCGGCGGGACAGUCGCCCAGCCUGCCCGUGGACCAGGCCUCCUCAGACCUGGCCAUGAUCACCCAGCCAGCUGAGCACAUGCAGAGCCUGACCCUGGUGUCCCAGCCCGGCCAGACGGCCCUGGGCGUGGCGGAGGGCCAGACGGCCGGGGGGCAGACGCAGCCGGUGCACGUCAUCACCCUGACCAAGGAGGAGGUGCAGAGCCUCCGCGACCAGGCCCGGCAGCUGCACGUCACGCCUCACGGGAGCUUGCAGCCUCUCGGCCUGGGACAGGAGCAAGCCGCCCAUCCGAGCCCCCCACCCCAGGAGCAAGCCCCACCCCUCCAGCACCACCGACCCGCACGGGCCUCGCAGCCGCCCAGCCAGAGAAAGGCCGCGAACCAAGGCUCACAGCCAGUGCAGGGACAACACGUUGCAGAGCAAACAUUCCAACUGCAGGCCGGCACUGUCUCCUACCUCUAUGCUGCCAACGUGGUCUCACAGAACUAGGGAGAUGACACUGCGUCUCAAAUGUAUAUCACGCUGUCUCUAGCCAAUGCACCACCAACUAAAUCACACACAACUAGGGCAAUCACACUGCAUUUCGGCACACUGUUUCUUACCCCCAUGCCGCCAAUUUAGUCUCACAGAACUGGGGCGUUCACACUGCAUUUGAACUGUGCAAACACAAUGACCAAGGGGCCUGUUUCCACUCUGAAACAAGUACACAAAUUUCACAUUGAUCAUUGAUCAGUUGGUGCCACAUGUAACACUUCCUUUAGCAAGUUACUUUGUUAAAAGCAAUCAGCCUUUCAAUUCAUUUUGUCAGAUCAAGAAACAUAGAAACAUAGGUGCAGGAGGAGGCCAUUCGACCCUUCGGCCCUUCGAGCCAGCAUCGCCAUUCAUUGUGAUCAUGGCUAAUCGUCCCCUAUCAAUAACCCGUGCCUGCCUUCUCCCCAUAUCCCUUGACUACACUAGCCCCUAGAGCUCUAUCUAACACUCUCUUAAAUCCAUCCAGUGACUUGUGGCAGGGAAUUCCACAAAUUCACAACUCUCUGGGUGAAAACGUUUUUUCUCACCUCAGUCUUAAAUGGCCUCCCCUUUAUUCUAAGACGGUGGCCCCUGGUUCUGGACUCGCCCAACAUUGGGAACAUUUUUCCUGCAUCUAGCUUGUCCAGUCCUUUUAUAAUUUUAUAUGUUUCUAUAAGAAACCCCCUCAUCCUUCUGAACUCCAGUGAAUACAAGCCUAGUCUUUUCAAUCUCUCCUCAUAUGACAGUCCCGCCAUCCCAGGGAUCAAUCUCGUGAACCUACGCUGCACUGCCUCAAUCACAAGGAUGUCCUUCGUCAAAUUAGGAGACCAAAACUGUACACAAUACUCCAGAUGUGGUCUCACCAGAGCCCUAUACAACUGCAGACAAUGAUAUGGUAGAAUAUCAACUACACAGCCUGGUAUAAAUAUAUAGUGAGUGUUCUAUUGUGCCUUUUCUUAACCAAUCUACUUGAAACCUUUACAACAAGAUCAUUGCUAACUUGAUCCUUUUUGCUGCUUUCCUUGGAAUAUUUUGAUUUAAACUAGCAAAUAUGUUUGUUUUUUUAGUACUAGAAUUCUAAUUUAUGCAUGUAGAUCAAACUUGUAUUGUGUCUAAAUGAUUUGCAUAACACAUGUUGCAAAGUACCAUUUUAAAUACCAGUUAUGAGCCUAACUUCUGUUUCCGGAGAUGACCAUUUUAAAACAACACGAUUCGGGAGAGUACAGAUCCUCCUCUGAUUUUCCGGCAACUAGUGGCUCCUUCAAUCCGGCCAAAAUACAAGAUACAAGAUACAUUUAAUUGUCAUUUGGACCCCUUGAGGUCCAAACGAAAUGCCGUUUCUGCAGCCAUACAUUACAAACACAUAGA